UCCUCAAAACGGCGAAGAUCUGCCGCAGAGGGGGAUGAUUCCACAGCAGGAACAACCUCCACCGAGAGCACGUGGUCCCUCUGUCGGGUCAAUGCCAACGAAUCAACGCCUCGCACAACGUCAGAACUCUAUGCCCGAAGGGCCUCGUCACAUGGGACAUCCCGAGUCACCGACCCCUUACCGGGCUAUGAGGUGAGUUACAACCCGAAAUAUUCCUAUUAA